UUUCUUAAAAAUCCUGUCGUGUUUCUAUGUUAAUCUUUCAUUUAGGCUGUAACCGCGCAUGACGUUUCAAUUGAUCCGUCUCUUUAUGUCCUCACACACUCAUUUACACCGGGAAUGUACUCGCCCCCUCCGCUGAGCAUGACGUCAUGCUGGGAGUGCGCGCGCUCUUCACGCUACUUUUCGAACACGUUUACGCGCUCACGCGGAGAGACUUCAGUUUUCAGCGGACUGCUGGCAGAAACGCCACUACUGCAGCCACGGAUGUAACCAGCCCGUGUUUUCUUUCCUGGACACUGUUUUUCUCUCGCGGACGGAAUAUUACUUUGUGAAUACAAAGAUUUGAAUUGAGAACUGAUUGAAAUGGAAAACACGAUCAAAGCGGAUCACCGCGGUCUGAAUCUUCAAACCAGUGGAUUUUACUGUGUAUUUAUAUCAAAUUCAUAAUUUAUUACUCCUCAAAAUCUUUGCGAAGUUACUCCAGUUGUGGGACAUGGAUCCAGUUGCGAGGAAAAUGAUCUCGGAGGAGCAAAGCAAUCAGUUUAACAAACAAGCUCUCGGGUUUCCUAUUGGGAUAUUAAUCCGGUCCCCGAAAAAGCGUCUCGCAACGUUGGGCAGGAAACCAAGCAAUGGCUCUCUACAAUCCAACACGUCUGAAUGCACGACCCGAUCUGCUGAGAGUGCUGGUGUCAGGCAGCCAGCCAGAAGUAAGAUCCGACGCCACAACAACAAGUUGGCUACAGUGUUUAACCGGAGUCCGCUUCUGCAGGACAGCAGACCUGGACACCUUGCGAGAAAUCUGGAGUUAACAGAUGACCCUACUGAGCUGUCCAGUCAACUGUCUGCCCCAGGGAUCUUGAAAAUAUUUGGUAGUGAUAUCUGCCAAGGGGCUAAUUAUAAGAGCGUGCUGGCCACGAAUCGCUCCAGUGCCAGGGAGCUGGUUAAAGAGGCCCUGGAGAGAUACUGCCUUGAAAAGGAAGAUCCAGAUGCAUAUAUCCUCUGUGAUGUGAUUGGGAAGACUGGGAUAGCCCACCAGUGGCAGACAGAGUGCUUGCGGGUCAUUGGUGACAACGAGAAGCCACUCAUACUGCAGUCCCUUUGGAAACCCAAAGAAGGAUUCUGCAGAAGGUUUGAGAUCCACAAAAGAACAAAUAUUGAAGACCGCAAUGCCAAAGACAGAGAUACAAUCACUGCAGGCCUCAAUGCUCAAGUCCGAAACCUUCAGAAAGUACAUUCAAGAGUCACAUCACUGUUUGUGGAUGGAUGCAGUGGGGAUAUGGACAGUGUCGGUAUCUGGAGGAGCCUGAGCGACAUGGACAUUUCUGCCAUGGGAAAGGAGGCCUGUAGGGUUAAUAAAGCAGGGGCUCUGCAGGAGGAUCAGGAGGCCGACUUUGACAGGCACUGCCUCAGCACUGAGAAGGAAGAGACAGAGAGCAGUGAUGACAACACUACACAGUAUUCCAUCCACCCUCCAUCUGAUUUUCCCUACUUUCUUCUCCUUCAAGGUUACAGCCAUAGACAAGACUUUGUGAUUUACCUGAUGAGUGGAAAAAGCUUUGUGUUUGGCUGUUGUCCUGGACAUGGUGAAGAUGGAGAACAGCUGAAGGUGGAUGUGGUGCUUUAUGCCCCUGAUGUGCUCCCUCAGCACUGCUGUGUGCAUCACCUGGAUGUUUCCAGAACCCAAACUGAGUGUAGCAGGAGAACUCCAACCAUGCUAAAGCCUCUCAAUGGAGCUUCUGUAACCCACAACGGUGUGCAGUUGAAGGGUGAAACUGAACUUUUUCCAGGUGACCUAAUAGGCUUGGGCCAGCAUUACCUUUUCAUGUUUAAGGACCCCACAGCAUCUGACAUUCAGUACUUACCUACAUGGAUGGCCAGUCUUUCUCCCCCAGCUUCAGCCUCAUCUUGUAAUUCCAGUAGUUCCACUGUCAGUAGGCACAGGACCAGUAGGAGGGUCCCAACCUUCUGGAGGGAUGCAGACAAGAGGGUGCUUUCUCUUAAUUAUGAACUGCACCAAGAGGACCAGGUGCUGGAAAAGAUUCUCACCAUGGUGAACCCUAAAGGACCAGAGCCCAAGCUCAUUCCAGCUUUCCUGCUGUGUAUGUGCAUUCAACAUUCAGCUGCUAGAUGGGAAAUGGCAAACCUCCGUAAACUGUUGUUGAAAAUUGCAAAUCAGAUCCAGCUUGCCAUGUGGGAGAGGACAAAAGAGCUUACAGAGCUUCAGACAGACAAUGGCACUGGACAGCAAGAGAUGGAGGCAAUUUGUCAGCAGAGCAUGGCUGAGCUGAUCCCAGGUCUGCAGUCACUUGCGUUAUGGAUGACCAACUCCAUUGAACUGUUGCAUUUCAUUCAGCAUGGGGUGCCCCUGCUCCUCCCAUGGACACAACAAGACGAAGAGCGAGAUAAAGAAUUGUUAAAUUCUCAGAUCUUGUCUACACGUACUGCCAGUGAGGAGGCCAUGACUGUCCUAGAAGAAGUCAUCAUGUUUACUUUCCAGCAGACUGUCUACCAUCUUACAAGAAGAUUGUAUUCAGUGUUACCUGGAUUGCUCGACAGUAACCCUUUCUCUGAGAAUGCACAGUUGCACAUGCCUGUCGGUGUCAGCAAUGUCCUGGAUGUCCUUAAGGAGGCUUUACAGCUGCUCAACACCUUUGAGGUGCACUCAGAGAUAUCCUCACAACUCAUGGCCUAUCUGUUCUUCUUCACCAAUGCCUCACUCUUCAACAUUUUAAUGGAAAGAGGUUCAGGAGGUGGAUUUUACCAGUGGUCCAGAGGAGUACAGAUCCGAGCCAACCUAGAUUUGUUGUUGGACUGGACCCAAAGUAUUGGAUUGGGCGACCUGGCAGCAGAGUUCUUCCAAAAGCUGUCCUCAGCAGUUAACCUGCUGGCCACCCCUAAGGAGAAUUUACUACAGACCUCUUGGGUGUCUCUUAGAACUGAGUUCCCUCACCUUAAUCCAGCGCAACUUCACCAUAUGCUGAGAGAGUACAACUCCAGCAAGGCCUGCCCCUUAAGCUGGUCCCCCUCCCCAGAGGAAGCAGAAUCUGCACUCCAAACCUCUGAAAUUCUGGAGUGCUUUGACAAUCAUCCUCCACUCAUCCUGCCCAACAGCAACUUUCACUUGGAACUGGGGAAGACUAUCAAAGAGCUUGCUUUCUUGUCUCAUCUUAAUAGCCUGCAGGAGUUUAUCCACAGCCAAUCUAUUAACCAAACACCAAAUGAACUACAUUCAGUGCAGGACAACAGCAAUGACCCAAUGAAAGCUACACAGAUAAAUUCCCCAUCUAGCUCAGAAGUGGAGUGCCACGGGUCUACCAAAUCCACCAGUCCAAUUACUCAAUGUGGUUUUAUAUCAGAGUCUGCCUCGCCUUCUCAGCUCAGGGGCUUACACAAUGCUCUAGGUUCUUAUGAAGCACACUUAUCUCAAAAGCUAAAGAGCCUGGAGCUCCAGAACAGCCUGCCUGGGGAAACAGACCUGCGCUCACACAAGAGUCUGGCCUUGGACCCGUCCUGCUUACUUACCCCACCCAACACACCCCAAGCACUGGAGCUCUCUGAACUUGAGGCGAGUCUACAAGAAGAAGCAACAAACUAUGCCAAAGAGGAUGUUCUUAGAAGAAAUGGAGAUGGAAUGAAAGAAAUAGAAGAGGACGAGGACAACCGAGAUGAAGUGUUCACAGUAGAAGUGUCAAGAGGACCUCGUGGCCUUGGCCUAGCAAUGGUGGAUGGACUGAAAUCUCCACUGGGAAUAAAUGGGAUCUACAUAAAGUCAGUGGUGCCAGGCUCGCCAGCUGAUCAGUGCCAGAAGCUCAGGCUUGGUGAUCGUAUCCUGGCUGUGAACGGAGUCAGUCUUGUAGGCAUGGACUACCGGGUUGGCAGGGAGAUCAUCAGAAAUUCAGGAGAUUCUCUCCGGUUGCUAGUAGCCAAAAGUGAAGUCAGCAGCAGUGGCAGAAUUGCCAGCACCAGAUGCUAAAUCAGUGGGAGAAAAUCCUGUUUCCACUGAUGGUUUUCAGAACAAAUUCUUGGACUUUUGUUUCUUCUAGCACCAAAAUCACACACAAUUUUUUUUCCAAGCUGCUUUUGUUUUUAAACCAGUUUUACUGGGAGUAUGGUAAUACAGUCAUAGUAAAUACAGGCAUAGUAAGUACAAUAUUUAUAAGACAGUUUUUUUAUUUGGACGUCAUUUGUAUUUUUGACCAUUUCUAUUUACACCAAUCAGGCAUAACUUUAUGACCACUGACAGGUGAAGUGAAUAAUGCUGAUCAUCUCUUCAUCAUUAGUCAUUUUGUCCUCAAAGAUGAUGUGUUAGAAGCAAGGAAAAUGGGCAAGCGUAAGGAGUUGUGCUGUGUUCCCGGGCUGCAGUGGUCAAAAUCUUUAAAAAGUGGUCAGAGGAAGGAACAGUGGUGAACCGGUGACAUGGUCAUGGGCGGCCAAUGCACGUGGGGAGUGAAGGCUGGCCAGUGUGGGUCAGAUCCAACAGACGAGCUCCUGUAGCUCACAUUGUUCAAAAUGUUAAGGUUGUUAAUGCUUGAUGGGUCAGGACUGUUUUGGCAGCAAAAAUGGUCCAACACAAUAUUAGGCAGGUGGCCACAUGUUAUGCCUGAUUUGUGUAGAUGCAUCUGUAUACCAAAUAAUUUAAAACCAGUGUAGUGAGUUUCUCCAUUAAAUGCAGCAAGUUUCAGUUUGGCCUGGAAAUGGUUCUGUAUGCUGAGAUUUUAUCCUGAUGUUUGCAUGCUUUUUUUAAAAAAAAUUUUAAUAUCAGUUACCAAAACACGUAUCCUACCUAUGCAGACAAAUAUACACAAUAUUAUAGUAAUGAAAUGAUAAUGAAAUCAAUGAAAAAGAAUGUUAUGUUUAGUAUAUGUAAGCCAAAGUCUGGCUUGUACCAAGUGCUGCUUUUAAAUUGUUCUGGUCAGAGCAAAGUAUUUCUAUUGAAUUUGCUUAAAGCCAUGGAUCCCUUUUCCAAGAACCAGUCUUGUCUGUUUCACAGCAGACAUUAAUGAGCAUUAUGUGAUUCAUUUAUUAGUAUUUUUUUCUCAGUGCCAGAGGAACAGUGUUACAUCAGCAUUAUUGAUAUGAAAGAAACGUUGUUUAUUUGUGAUAUUUAUGUUCUUUUUUUAUUCUAUGUAAAAUGUACAUGUAAAAUAAAUAUUGCUUGUUUUUAAAA